AUGGUCAAAAGAGUAAUAAGGAAUAAAAAAGUAUAUAUGAAGUGGAAAAUUUCAAAAAACGAGGAAUAUCAAAGAGCCUAUCGAUCUUUAAAACAGAAGGCUAAGAAAAUUUCAGUGGAUUCAGGAGAGUAUGAAUUAGCCAAUAAAACUGUUUCUGAUGAACUCUAUCUACAUGCUUCUCAAUUAAUGAAAGCCGACGUCGCAUUAUACAAAGAGAAAAUUGAAAAUCAAAAGAAGCAAGGCUGGUUGAAAACAGUUCUGUCAAAAGGAACAUCUAAAGAUAAAGUGGCUGCUUGGGUAGUCCUCAUUCAGGAUUCACAUCUCCAUAAUUUCUGCUAUCUUGAUUCUUUAAUUAGUUUACUGGUGAAAGAAAGAAGAAAAGCGCUUGAAACAUUAGUAAGUAGAGAGAUAAGUGAUAUGGACAUCUCGAUGGCUGAGAUUGAUGGAGAGCUGAAAAAUUAA